UCCGUAGUUCACUUUCGUUUUCCCACUUACAAGUCAAAAUGGCCGGACAGCGGGAUAAGCUGAUGAGUUCUUCGGACGAGCUGAUGCCUUCCAUGUCGCUAAUGAGUCUUUCCGAUGAGCUCACCUGCUCAAUCUGUCUGAGCAUUUUCGACAACCCGGUGACCACACCAUGCGGCCACAACUUUUGCCUGAGCUGCCUGGAAAUGACCUGGGUGACCACCCAGCUGGUAGCGUUGGGCUUCGACUGUCCUCAGUGUCGCCAGCACUACCAGACCAAGCCCGACUUGAAGAAGAACACGGUGCUGUGUAGUGUCGUGGAGACGUUUUACAAAUCGACGAAGGGCCACCCGGCCUCUAUGGCACCGCGCGUGGAUCCCAUGCCAGUCCUCUGUGACACUUGCAUGGUGCAGCGAGCCGCCAAGACGUGUCUCACUUGCAUGGCUUCGUAUUGCGAGAGCCACAUUGUGCCGCACCGGGAGAGUCCUGCCUUUCUGGGCCACCAGCUCACGGAGCCACUGACGGACUUGAAGGACAGGAUUUGUCAACAGCACUACAAGAACAUGGAGUUCUUUUGUAAGGACCACUGCUGCUGCAUCUGUAGCCACUGCCUGCCCAGCCACAAAACCUGCAAUUUCGAGACCAUGGAAAUGGCGAGGGCCGAGAAGGAGAGGGAAUUCAGGAACAUUAUAGUUUUGCUGAAUGCUCAUUCAGAAAAGUUCAGCAGUGUCAUUUCUGAGAUGAAUAACCUGGAGAAGAGCAUUAAAGAUUGUGCUGAUAAGAGAAAGUCUGCAAUUAAAGCAGAGUUCAGGUCGAUUAAGGACCUCCUGGAUAAGGAAGAGAACAUCGCUCUACAUGUGGUGGACAAAGAGGAAAUUGGAGCUCAGAACAGGUUAAGAAGUCUAAUGCAGAAAAUGAGUAACAGCUCCGAGAGCCUGAACAAUUACAAAGCAGUUGUUGAGAAUGUGCUACAACAGACGGAGAAUAUUUCCUUUUUGCAGACCAAGGCUAACCUGCCUGAAGCAAUGAAAAUCUCCCCAUAUGCUCCCAAGAUUAAUAUCGAUUCAAAGCAGCUACUCAUGCAAAUGUCUACUGCUGCAGCCCUCCGUAAUUUUCUCUCUCAAUUGAUGAGCCAACCUUUGGAGAAAAGAGGCCAGCUACUGACAUCAGCUUUCAAGGAGCCAUCUGCAAUGAAUGUCUCUGAGCCGAGUGUUAACCUGCCAGUGCCACUCCCCAUCAUCUUUCAGCCUCCAUUAAGCUUUGGACCCAUACUGUCUCUUCCAUCACAGCCACUUGUGCUACCAGGGAAGACUCAACCUGAUGCUUAUAAGAAACCAGCGCAAAGCAAACAGAAACAAAAAAAAAAUUCGGAUCAGAAACCGGCAGAACCAAAAGAAGCCAAGAAAAGUGCAUCUGCCAAGAAACAGCCCCAGAAAGAGCCGGUGUGUGCCCCGAGUCCAGAACCACCAAAAGGAUGCCCACCUACAAUGAGGCACGAGCUCCUUCAGUAUUCUUCUACUCUUACACUGGAUUUUAAAACCGCACAUCGGAGGAUCGGCCUUUCAGAAAACUGCACCAUAGCUUCAAUAUCUGAUGAUCAGCUGGCCUACCCUGAAAGCCCCGCAAGGUUUUCCGUUUGCUCUCAGAUUCUGUGCACAAAAGGAUUCUCACAGGGACGCCAUUACUGGGAGGUGAAAUUGAGCUGCAGCAAUUUCUGUGCUAUUGGCAUUGCAUACAACAGCAUAGACCGUAAGGGCGCAUCAAGCAAGUUGGGGAGGAAUAAGGAGUCCUGGUGCGUCGAGUGGUUUAACGUGAGGGUUUCUGCUUGGCAUAACAACCAGGAGAUUGUCCUGCCCGCUAUCAGUCCAUCCCGUGUUGGGGUUUUCCUAGAUUGUGAAGAGGGCUCUGUGACAUUCUAUAACAUUGCAGACCGAGCCACCCCCUUCCACAAAUUUGCUUGCCAGUUUCAGGAGACCAUCUACCCCGCUUUCUGGCUCUUUUCUAAUGGCAGUAAGAUAACUUUGUGUAAAUUGGCUGCCUGAGAUCAGCGUCUCACUUGGUACGCCACUCACAAAGAGUGAGAAGCCAAAUUAUGGCACAGGGCAAUAACGUUGCCAGUCAAGAAGAA